ACUUGGGGGAGCUGCACUGGGGCAGGAAGGGUAAGGAAAGUCCCCUGGUUCCUUGUCAGCUGGGUAGAAGCAAAUGUUGCCAUGGAACAGAGUCCACCUUCAAUCAGAGUUCAUGCACUGGGGAGGGAGGUCACCAAUGCAGGAGCCUUGAGAAAGGGGUGGGCAUUGGGGAGGCCAAUGGUGCGUGUGGUCGGGUCUGCUUUUCAGUCAGGGCUGGUUUCGUUGAAAUAAGAAAGCGAAAGCUCAGGGCCAGAGAAGCCCUCUUCCUUUUUCAGAAGUUACUUCUUAGCAGAGCGGAAAGCCCCAGACCCCAGGACACCGCAAGCAUCCCAGGCGCAGGGCGGCCCAGAGGCAGAAGCAUCCAGACCUGUCCGCUGCGCCUGGGGCAUGGAGCCAAUGAAGAAGCUGCAGACGGUGCUGGACCUGUACCUCAAGCACCGCAUCACGCUGGGCUACGGCCUGCUGACGCUCCUGACGGCGGGCGGGGAGCGCAUCUUCUCCGCCGUGGUGUUCCAGUGCCCCUGCAGCGCCUGGAAUCUGAGCUACGGGCUGGUGUUCCUGCUGGUCCCCGCGCUGGCGCUCUUCCUCCUGGGCUACGCGCUGAGAGCUCGCACCUGGCGCCUGCUCGUACUGGGCUGGAUCCUGAUAGCAGUGGUUAUCGUCUGCCUUCUGAUUAUUGUAGCCGUCACCCGGUGCGUAUCGCCAGUUAGUUUUCUACAACUGAGCUUUUGGAAAAUCUACGUGGAACAGGAGCAGAAGAUCCUCCGAAGCCAAGCCACAGAACAUGCGACUGAAUUGGCAAAUGAGAAUGUCAAAUGUUUCUUUGAAGGUUCACAUCCAAAGGAAUGCAAGACCCCAAGCAUGAAAGACUGGCAGCAGGUUUCAGAACUGUAUACUUUCAAUCCGAAGAACCAGUACUACAGCAUGUUGCACAAAUACGUUAACAGAGAAGAGAAGGAUCUAAGUAUCAGGAUUUCGAAAGGAGAUGCAGUGGUUCCUGUUCUUGACUUUGUAGAUUCACAGGGUAUGCACACCACUGCUGAGUUAUGACCCUGUGAAUGAAUAAAAAGAAAAGCGUUCUUUUGAAUUAUUACUUCAUUUUUUAAAGAAUAAACAUUGUUAUUGUUUAUGGUGGUUUUUUACUUUGGUCUUCCAAAUUAUGGAAGUAUGGACUUUUAGAUCUGAAAUAAAAAUUUAUAAUUUUA